AUGUCGGUACUACUCGCCGGUGCAAGACACUAUGGACAGUAUUGCAAGGCGCAGAAUGAUGCUUUUAUGUACUGCAAAUACGACAAGAAAGACCCGGCCAAAUGUGUAGAGGAAGGAAAAAAGGUUACCGCGUGCGGUAUAGAAUUUUUUCAGAAGCUGAAAGACAAUUGCAAUGCGGAAUUCACGGCGCAUUGGCAAUGCCUCGAUACCAGCAAUCAAGAAAACUGGAAAUGUAGAAAGACGCAAAAGGCGUUUGACGAUUGCGUUUUUCAGAAAAUGGGCCUUUCUGGAGAUUACAAUGAUGUACUACCUUAAAGUAUUUAGCUCAUUACGCGAGAACGCGUAAAACAGCCCAUCACGCUAGGAGGAAUGUACUGGAAAAGGAUGAGGGGGGACAUUCUAAUGCGAUUAAUAAAUGUGAAGUGCUUGGAUUCAAUCUGAUGCUUAUUUUUACUCCUUAUGAUGGUUUUCA